ACGACAUCCCGUCUUAAGAACAUUGACACUUUUAGGGCGGGAAGGUGAGAUAGUCAGCAAAAGUUGAAAGAUCAAAACUUAACUUUAAAUGGCAGGUUUUGUUUCAUAGGGGCCGGAUAUUCUUCAUAGACAUAUAGCUAUUGGCUAUCACUGGUAAUGCAAAAAAGAUGAAAAGGAGGAAACCUCAGUUUAAGGGUAUAUAGCUCUGUUUAAAUACUGGAAUAGGUGGAAUUAAAAGAAUAUAAAUCAGAUAUCUGUGGUCUCUAAGUGAUCUUGCCAUAAUAAUUCUUUUACUCUGCUUCAUUUCCGUGAAUGAUACUAACAAUCAUAUCCUAAAGGGGCAGUGUACGCAUUACGUCUUAAAAUCGAGUUGAGAUAAUUCCUAAAAAAACACACACAGAAAAUCACCCUUUUCCAUACCUAGACUUUGGUUAACGUGGUCUACUACGCAGAGUAGAACGUUAGUAAAAUCGACCUAUUUUAGUAAAUACAGCGGAAAGGAAAUUACGAAAUUACAGCUUUAUGUUGAGUAUAAAUUUAGGAGGACUGAUGCUGUUGUGUUCCUUUUUGCAACACCCACCCCUCCCAGCAUCGUCCAGGAUGUACAUAAAUUUCUUCCGUGAAGGCAAUUGCAAGGUUUUUUUCGGGGGGGAGGGUUCAGCGCAUGUUCUAUCCAGUUGCUGGGUCUCACCCCGACGGAGCCCUUGACCAGCUCCAUAAAGGCAGAAUCACAUAUUGGGUGCGUUGGACUUGGGCUAUUAUGUCUCUGCAGCUGAGGUGACGUGGAGCGCGAUCUGCCGGCGGCUGCAGGGCUGGAGUAUAAACUGACUGCAGCCAAGCCGGACAACUUCUACUCCUCGUAGUGUGCGAGACCUGCCUGCAAUGGCAGCAGUGGGACAAAAAAAACUAUUGCGUAUAAUGACCCUGUGUAAAAACAUAGCUGCCAGGAAUCAAUAUCAAGUACUGUACUAUAAUAUUUAUUUCAAGGAUUCAAGUUCGAAAUAAAUUUUUCAAGUUUUUAUUGUCAUGUACUGAAUACAAUGCGAUUCUUACUUGAAUGCCUUCAUUACAGACUAGACGAUUAAACAAAUAAAGCAGCGCAACAUUACAGUAACUAACAAUAAAUAGACAACUAACUUCCAUGUACUAUUUCUAUGCUGCACGAUCGUCUUCUUGCUCUCGCGAGGUUUUUGUACCAUGUGAUAUGGUGACGCGUGGUGACGUUUUUCAAUCGCCGCUUUUUUCACACAAAAAAACUAACCACGAUGCAUCGCUUCCGGACCAGAAUGCUUUGCUUUAAGCCAGCGCUGUAAGCGGCUGUGUUAAGUCGAACGCAUCCAUUUUCUGUCCAGUUAACUUUAAUGAAUAGUUUCAUUAAAUUUAUGCAUUAAGAUUACGCAUUUCUGCAGUGGAACAGAUGCUGUGUGUUUCUGGGUAGAUGGUUAAGCCUAUAUUAAACCUCCAGAUAUACAUUACUUGAACCAUGGCAACUGAAAUCGUUCCAGUCUUACUAACUGAUUCUCAAGGCUCAUUGGUACUGCAUGUGCCCAAAGAUGUUGCAGAAAGGCUAAGGACUGAUAAGGAGUGCUUGGCUAGUCUAGCACAUCAGGUUAGACUAUCUGCAAUGUUGCAAGCACCAUCUGCGUCCCCAAGACCCACUGCUGCAAGCCCACCUGGGCCCCUGAACCUUGGCAUGCAUAUCCAUUCACCAGCAGCACACUCAGCAGGUCCUAGUGCUGUGGAGGAGAAUUCAAAUCGGGGCAUUUCAGAGUCACAACCAGAACUGAAACACCGGCUCACACUUUUUCUGCUUGCAACAAUAAAAAAACAUCACUCCAUUUACAACACAAAUAAGCCAGCUUUUUAUAAAAGAGUCUAUAAAGACAUGUUACAAAGGGACCACAAAUGCUCAGCGGAGCAGAUAAGGAAGAAAAUUACUAACAUGUUGGCGACCUACAAAAGGGUCAAAGACAGAUGUCAGACCACUGGAGAGGCAAGCAUCAGCUGGGACUAUUACACAAUUAUGGAUGAAAUAUUUGGCCAGUCAGGAGUUGGGGGUGUCCCAGAGGGUACAGUAACCUCCACACCCCUCUCUACCCCCCAGCCUUCAGCACCAGAGCUUGAUCCUGCUGUUUUAACCAAAAAAACAGCUACAGACGGGGCCACGGGUAGGAAACCAGCAAGUCAGGCUGGAUCAUUCUUUGAGUCAUACGAAACCCAUGCAGACCGGAGAACUGCUGUGCUGGAGUCCCUUGUGCGCCCAGAUUUGGAGCGGUUCAGAAGGCUGAAGGAGAGGAGGAGGAGAAGCUUUGAGAAGAAAGUUCUCACAAGUCUUGGGCAAAUUUCAAAGAGCUUGCAGGAGAUUGCUAAAGGCCGACAAGAAAUUGUUAAACUCUUGCAGAAUGUACAGCACACAUAAAAAAAAAACUGUGUGUCACGCAUCAUCAUUCUCUUUGGGUGUUCUGUUCUCAUAACAUUUACAUUAAAGACAGCAGUUGGUUAGUCAGUCUAGAUCUCUAGGGACCAAUAGUUACUGAGAUUUCCUGCGGAUUUGGCCAGGUUUCGUGGCUCCCAGGUUCCAUGACCUGCACCAGGUAGGUACGGCAGGGGUCUGGAGUGUGAGACACUGCCAUUAAAAGGUAAAUUACAAGGUGCGAUGCAAAAGUUCACACAAUGUCUGCAUGAACAACAAUAAAAAUGCACUUGAUUUA